AUGCAUCCUGACCGAGUGGGAAGGCUUGUCAUCGAUGGGGUUCUGGACCCGGACGACUAUUAUCAAGGACGAUGGCUUGCAAAUCUGCAAGACUCCGACAACGUACUCAAAAGGCUGUGUGACUAUUGCCACCAGGCUGGCCCUUCCAAGUGCCCACUCUUCACCGGAGAAUCGGGCGCGGACAUCGAAGCGGAAAUAACGCGAGUCCUAACUGAGCUGAAGCAAGGGCCUGUGCCAGUUGCACCAGUGGACCCAUCGACGAAGGAUCCGAUCGUAAUCACAUUCGAUGACUUUUACCUCCGCUUGAUCAAUGCUAUGGCGUUCCCGUAUUCGGCCGCUGAGGAUGUAUUCCGACUUCUGGCAGAGUUUGUGAGGGGCAAUGUGACCGAAAUUGCUACCAGCAAACAAGGUCAGCUAGAGGCUGCUGCGUCACUUGGGAAUUGUCGCAAAGCCUCCGACGGUUGCAUGACCAAGAACUACUUUGGUAUUCUCGGCUCAACACCGUCAAUAGAAUGCAUGGAUAGCGCAAAUCACCGAGCUGGAGUGUUGAGUAAAAAGGACUUCAAGUCUUACUUUGCCAUGCUCACGAAGCAAAGCCGCUGGUUCAGCCUCAGCUGGGCGAGGCACAAGAUGUCCUGCAUCGGUAUCAUGGAUAGGCCUGCUUGGACUUUCGAAGACGAGAUACAAGGCAACACUUCUCAUCCGCUGCUCAUUAUCGGAAAUACGUUCGAUACCGUAACACCACUGCGAAACGCUCGUCGGGUAUCAACUCUAUUUCUAGGCUCAAUCGUGCUGUAG